GUGUCGCGCGAGCGUUGUUGCAUAAGUGCGCGUAACGCCUUGGUCGCGCAUCAUUCCACCACCACCUCGCAAGCCGGUUAGGUUCACGCUUUCUAUUGAAGCUAUACAACUUUCUGACUUUCAUAUCAAUCCAUCAGUGCCGCACACAAAAUGAUAACCCUCACUACUAAGAAGGUGUCCGCUGUCCGCAACACCCUGCAGAAGUUAACGUCGACAUGGAGAACCCUUGCAACUGAAGCUACAUUUGAUAUAAAAGCUUUCAAACUUCACAAAUUAGAAUCCGGACCCAGUACCACGGUAACCGUAACCAAAGAAGAUGCCAUAAAUUACUACAAGCAGAUGCAGUAUAUCAGACGAAUAGAGACGGCAGCCGGUAACUUGUACAAGGAGAAAAUCGUCAGAGGAUUCUGUCACUUAUAUUCUGGACAGGAAGCUUGCGCGGUGGGCAUGAAAUCAGCAUUCCGUGAACAAGACUCAAUAAUAUCAGCUUACCGUGUUCAUGGCUGGACAUACUUGAUGGGUGCAAAACCUGUGGAGGUGCUGAGUGAACUCACCGGCCGAAUCAGUGGGGUAGUUCGUGGUAAAGGUGGUUCUAUGCACAUGUAUGGUAAAAAYUUUUACGGUGGAAACGGCAUCGUCGGUGCUCAGGUUCCUUUAGGAGCAGGCGUCGCAUUGGCUGCAAAAUACUUAGGCACUGGAGGAGUAUGCUUUGCUUUGUACGGAGAUGGCGCUUCAAAUCAAGGUCAAGUGUUUGAAGCAUACAAUAUGGCUAAACUAUGGAACUUGCCCUGCGUAUUUGUCUGUGAGAACAACGGGUAUGCAAUGGGAACGAGUUCAGAGCGGUCAGCGUCAAAUACCUCUUACUACACCAGGGGCGAUUACAUACCCGGAAUUUGGGUAGAUGGCAUGGAUGUAUUGGCUGUCAGGGAAGCAUCAAAGUUCGCGGUGGAUCACUGUAUUAAUGGGAAUGGUCCUAUACUUUUAGAAACAGUUACUUAUAGAUAUUCCGGUCAUUCAAUGUCGGAUCCUGGCACAUCAUAUAGAACUCGAGCUGAAAUUCAAGCUGUAAGGAUGACGAGAGACCCAAUUACAUCRUUUAAAGAAAAAAUUCUCUCUGCUAACCUAGCAACCAUUGACGAUCUCAAAAAAAUCGAUAGUGAAAUAAAAAUAGAAAUUGAUCAAGCRGUUAUAAAAUCAAAGGAAGAUGAAGAAAUUACACUGGAUGAGUUGGCCAGUGAUGUAUAUUCCAAACCACUUGAAAACGAACAUCGCGGGGUAGUACCCUGGCAAAAAAUAAAACAUGUUAGAAUUGGACUAUCCAAUAAUAUUGUGUAAAUUAUGUCAGGGUAAAUGCAAUUUGUAAAUGUUGUACAUUUUUUAUUUUGUCAUUGUGAUUUGUGAUAUGAUGGAGUGGAGCCAUACUCAAUAGGGUAUUUGUUUUUUGAAUUUAAAUAUGUUUGUUAUCAUUGUUACUUGUUAACUUGUUGACUCAUAUAAAAUAUUUUUCAUAAAAUGUUA